AGUGUCCUAAAAACGGUGAAAGAAAUACGAUGUUUCUUGUCUUAUUGGCUGUUUUUAUAACAAGUUUAGUAGCUAAAUUUUAUUGGUCAAGACGCCAUCUCUAUGCAGCUGCAGCCAAAAUUCAGGGACCCAAAGGCUUACCGAUAGUCGGUAACGCUCUCUCCUUCUUUUGUGACUCCGAAGAUAUUUUGGAGAAAAUAAAAAUUGCAUUUGAACCAGUCAAACAUGAACCGUUACGAUUUUGGUUGGGUCCAUAUUUACUUAUUGCCUUGAAAAAUCCAGUUCAUUUAGAGAAGAUAAUGUCAUCGCAAAAAUUCGCUUACAAGCACGAUUUGUAUGAAUUUUUGGAAAAAUUUGGUGGAGAUGGAUUAAUCACAGCAUCAGGAUUAAAACCGAAAUAUAAAAUACAUAGAAGACUCUUACAGCCAAUGUUUAAUUUGAGCUUUGUAAAGAGUACUUUACCUAUAAUGAAUGAACGGUUCAAACUUUGUAUGGAAGAACUAGAAAAAUUUGCUAAUGGGAAAACUUUUGAUAUCGUCCAUGUUAUGGAACCUUGUUCAAUGGGUGUUAUAGCCGAAAUUGUAAUGGGACAAAAAUUAAAUAGUCAGAGUGUAUAUAAUAUACAAUUAUCUCAAGUUAUGUCAAAGUUAUUGUAUUGUGGUUUCACAAGAAUGGUAAAACUGUGGCUUCAUAGUGAUUUUAUAUAUAACUUGCAUCCCUUAAAAAAGGAACAAGACGAUGCCUUGUCAGCAUUAUAUCAUUUUAUUAACGAGGCUAUCACAGACUCUUGGGCGAGAAGAAAAUUUAAUAAGACUAACACAUUUAUACCUGUACUUGACAUACUUACAGAGAUUGUAGAACAAAAUAGUAGAAUACUCAGUCGAGAAGAUUUAGUCGAUCAUUUAACAAAUAUAAUAAGUGCAUCACAAGACCCGUUUUCCAUAAUUAGCUCUUUUUCUAUUGUUUGUUUUGGAAUGUACCCUGAAUAUCAGGCUAAAGCUGUGGACGAAAUAAAGAAUGUAAUUGGUGAAAAACCGAGAGAAAUUACUUUAGAAGACGUAUAUAAGCUUGAAUAUUUGGAUAUGUGCGUUAAAGAUGUAUUAAGAUUAUUUCCUAUAGCCCCAAUAAUUUUACGAAAGAGUAUAGAAGAUUAUCAUUUAGAUGAAUGGACAAUUCCCAAAGGAGCAGCAAUAGCAGUACCGAUUUAUUUUUUGCAUAGGGAUCCAGAAUAUUGGAAAAACCCUGAUCAUUUCUAUCCUGAUCAUUUUCUGCCUGAAUUUGUCCAGAAGAGACAUCCAUACGCUUAUAUGCCCUUUAGCGCUGGCCCUAGAGGAUGCAUUGGUAAAACACUAGCUAACAUCGAGAUAAGGCUUUUUAUGGCAAUGUUUUUGCAAACAUACGAAGUAGAAGCUGACGGAACUGUACCUCUUCUAAAAUUGCGUGCUGACAUAUCGACCAGAGCCAAAUUUGGAUACAACUGUAGGAUAAAUAAACGCAAUUGGAAUAUCAGACCGAAGUGAAAGUAAUUUGUUACGUUAUUAUUAUUGCUAAGUAAUAAUAUUGUAUCUUUGAUAUUAUUUUCUUCAAUUUUAAUAAAAUAUUAUUCAGCACU